AUGGCGGAACAGAGCAUCAACAUUCCCCAGGUCAUCGUUUUCAUCGUCGUCACGUUCCUUGCUGUACGAUGGUACUUGAGAAAGCCGACGGCGGCGGCCCCAGGCACGCGAGCUGCGGCGAACCGCGCUGCACUCCGCGUGAGCCCUGCGCAGAUAGACCAAGUCGCUGAGAUGCUGCCGCAGUUGAGCAGACGCGACAUCGCAUGGGAUCUGCAGAGGAAUGGCGGAAACGUUGCGGCGACAACGGAGCGGGCCCUGAGCGGGCGAGGGUUAGACACGGCACCAGCGUCUUUCCAAAUACCAACACCAGCACCGCGAGUCGCAGCUACACCGGCGCGACCAUCCCCAGCCCCAGCGAGACCCGCACAUCCCGAUCUGAUAACACGAUACAAUCUGUCCUCGAAGCUUAGCCAAGUCUCGCAGCCGGCACAGGAGGAGCAGCCGAAGGCGAAAUCAUGGAGUGCAGACAAGAGUGAGAGGCAAGCAAACUUGCAAAGACGGCGAGAGGAGAUGAUUCUGGCAGCACGGAGAAAGCUCGAAGCCCAGGAAAAGGCAAAAGCGCCAGGCGCUGCAUAG